CUGCGAUCUGUUACGUACUCCUCCCUCUCUUCGGAGCCAGCAGCGGCGCAGGAGCUGCCGUGCCUCGUCUUUCACGGAGGAGAUCCCGAAAGCCGGAGUAACAGCUAAACCCCAUACAGCCAUGGCAGAAAACGCCGGCUUAGAAAACCACCGCAUCAAGAGCUUUAAAAACAAGGGGCGUGAUGUCGAGACUAUGAGAAGACAUCGAAAUGAAGUGACAGUUGAGUUGAGAAAGAACAAACGAGACGAACAUUUACUGAAGAAGAGAAAUGUCCCGCAGGAGGAGAGUCUGGAGGACUCUGAUGUCGACUCAGACUUCAAAGGGCAAAAUGUUACGCUCGAUGCCAUUCUACAGAAUGCUACCAGCGAUAAUGCGGUUGUACAGCUCAGUGCUGUACAGGCAGCCAGAAAACUGCUCUCAAGUGACAGAAAUCCUCCCAUUGAUGAUUUGAUAAAAUCUGGGAUCCUGCCUAUUUUAGUCAAAUGCCUGGAAAGGGAUGACAACCCGUCGCUUCAGUUUGAGGCAGCUUGGGCUCUGACCAACAUUGCCUCUGGGACGUCAGCACAGACCCAGGCUGUGGUGAAAUCCAAUGCAGUGCCCUUGUUCUUGCGACUGCUACACUCUCCUCACCAGAACGUAUGUGAACAGGCUGUGUGGGCUUUAGGAAACAUUAUAGGUGAUGGGCCACAGUGCAGGGAUUAUGUCAUCUCUCUGGGUGUGGUCAAGCCCCUGCUUUCUUUCAUCAAUCCAUCAAUCCCCAUCACCUUCCUCCGUAAUGUUACCUGGGUCAUUGUUAACCUCUGCCGCAACAAGGAUCCACCACCACCCAUGGAGACUGUGCAAGAGAUAUUGCCUGCCCUCUGUGUGCUGAUAUAUCACACCGACAUAAAUAUCCUAGUAGACACAGUGUGGGCUUUGUCCUAUCUGACGGACGGAGGCAACGAGCAGAUUCAGAUGGUCAUUGAUUCUGGAGUUGUUCCAUUUCUUGUGCCUCUCCUCAGCCAUCAGGAGGUGAAAGUUCAGACGGCAGCUCUGAGGGCAGUGGGAAACAUUGUGACGGGGACAGAUGAGCAGACACAGGUGGUUCUCAACUGUGAUGUUCUGUCACACUUCCCCAACCUGCUCACACAUCCUAAAGAAAAAAUUAAUAAGGAAGCAGUCUGGUUCCUGUCCAACAUUACAGCUGGGAACCAGCAGCAAGUCCAAGCUGUGAUUGAUGCUGGUCUGAUUCCUAUGAUCAUUCACCAACUGGCUAAGGGUGAUUUUGGCACUCAGAAGGAGGCAGCAUGGGCCAUCAGCAACCUCACCAUCAGUGGGAGGAAAGACCAGGUGGAGUUCUUAGUGGAGCAGAAUGUCAUCCCUCCGUUCUGUAACCUGCUGUCCGUGAAGGACUCCCAGGUGGUGCAAGUCGUCCUGGAUGGCCUGAAAAAUAUUCUCAUCAUGGCAGGAGAUGAAGCCAGUACUAUUGCUGAGAUCAUAGAGGAGUGUGGAGGUUUGGAGAAGAUAGAAAAUUUGCAGCAGCAUGAGAAUGAGGAUAUCUACAAACUAGCCUUUGAGAUUAUUGAUCAGUACUUUUCAGGAGACGAUAUUGAUGAAGAUCCUAGCUUGAUUCCUGAAACUACUCAAGGAGGAACCUUCAAUUUUGAUCCAGCUUCCAACAUGCAAACAAAGGAGUUUAAUUUCUAAAAACCAGGAUGUUUGGUUCAACCAGUUGCACGGGUACUCUGUAAUCACCCCAGACAUUCAUCCAUCUCUCCUCCAAUCUGGCAACCUGGUACAGAAGGAUAUACUUAGCAUCACGUCAACAUGGAAACUCACCACUGAAGGGUUUACCCACCCCCAUCUCUGCACUAUGGGGUGUUUUUGAUUUUUUUUUUCUUCUUCUUUUAAAUGGUCAUCGUUCACAGAACACUGCAACCCUUCAUAGGAGUCCUUGUUAUCCAACAGGCAUAUUCACCAUCUGGCAACCUGCAUCAGGAAGAUUGUCAGUAUUUUCUGCCAGUGCUUCUAAAAUGUCACACAGAAAGGAAACCAGAAGGAAGGAAAAGCCUUCACGGAAAGAUUCAAUUGCCAAAUGUCAAGUUCUCACAAAGACGGAAAAAUAUAAGCACAUUUUUAGACACAUGAACACGCAUGCAUAUACACGCACUUUUUUUUUUGACACUUAGAAGAAUUUGUGUGCAUACUUCAGUUAGAAGCCAUCAUAUCACUCAUGGGGAAGAAAUACUGCUGUUUGUUUGUGCUUUAUUUUGUGCUUUCCCCUUCCCUGGAUUGUCCUCUAGUGUUACUUCACCCAUGCACACUGACAUACUACAAGUACAUACAUUAAUACAUUUCGUGACACUGAUUCCUGAUAGCCAGGGCACACCAAUAUCCUCUCUCUCGCCCAGUUUAAAGAGUUAAUCCCAGAGCUUAGCCAUGAUUAACCACGGACCCCCACUGCCCUCCCAGGAGAGUCCUUGGGCAGGUGGAGGGGCGAAAGGGCUCUAAGGCAACAAGAGGACUCCGUGGCAAACUGACUGACGGGACUUCUGACUCAAUGGCGUCACUUUUUUAAUGUGACCUCUGCUGAAUUAUCAAACUUACUGUUCGUUUUAAAAAACAUCAAAAAUGUGAAGAAAAUGCCAUAAUUCUUUUUUUUUUUUUUUUUUUUUCCCCCAAUACAACUGUUAAGACCUGCUAAUUGCCUGCUACUGAUUAAGCAAAGCGGCAAAAUUUUUAUUUUAACGGAUGUGAAUACCUGUCACGGGAGGAAUCACCUUUGGGCGAAGGCACAGAGACUUAAGAGGAACACGUCAGCUGUAGCGUUUAUCUCCCCCCGCCACCCACAGGACAUCCUCCUUCUGAGCUCAGCCACGUCCUGGGAUUCAGUAAACUAUUUGCUCGGGAUUCCCCUGUAAUGUGAAACUCUGAAUGGAGGGAGGGGGUUUAACGAAUAGAAAGAAAACGACUUAAAGCUAAAAUCAUCCUAAUUGCAAUAUGACCUUUUUUUCUUUUCUUUUUUUUUUUUAAAAUUUCGCUACAGACAAAUUGGUUUCAUGUUUCUGCUUCUACUGGUUGGGUCUGUGGAGCUUCCUUUGUAUUACUAUUUUAUUUUUUAGGUUUUCUUCAGUCUUAUGCACACGUCUGAGAGGCAUAACGAUGUCUGACUGCAGAAACGACAAAAAGGACCUACACUCACUGAAGACUAGACUUGUACAACGAGUGCAGGACCUGAUCUUUACAUUACUUAACUACUUUCGAUAAAGAGGUCACAUGUCAUCACUCAAUUUGAAUAACUGUACAAAAACAUGAUGUGUAUCUCUCCUUGCCGUCUAAUGAAUAUAUAUUUACAUAAAGCCUGUACAAAGCUGCUGCAGCUGACAGUCAUUGGAAGAACGAUAACUGUCAAAGAUGGCUGGGGAGGGUCUCUAUUUUUUUUCUUCUCCUUUUUGAAGCAAUAUUUCUUUUAUUGUUUUUACUUUCGACUUGCAUAUGUAUUGUGAUGACAUGCUGAUAAAUUGGAACAGGCUGGUUUUGUUUUUUCCUCCUCUCUCUGUAGUGGUGACGGGCUGUUUAAAAUGUACCAUGCCGUGUCCUGGUUAAUGUGCAGGCUUGGGGUAAAUGUGUCAAACUUUAAUCCCAAUCAUAGCCCUGGUCUGGAAGACUUAAUGAUCCCACCCCCCCGGUUGGCUGCUAACUACUUAGAGGGGUUCAGAGCUGGGGUUUGGGGUGGGGAUUGGGGGGGUGGGGCUGGGGGUCACAUCGGGGCUUUAAAUACUGAGUGGGCUUGUUAUGAGCAGCCCAGGCGUUUUUGUUUGUUUGUUUUUUGGUUUUUUUGGGACUAGCUGUUUAUUACUGAACAAAACUAUAGAGAGGGUGUACAGUCAUGAACUAGCAGACUAGACCGAGCCACUUUAAAGAUUUACAAUUUCGUUGCCUUGUAUCCGCAUUGGAUACAAGCUUAUGUUUGUUGCAAGAUUUUUACUUGCUAAUGAAAAGUUGUUUUAAAUAAAAUAAUAGGAGAAAAGCAACAGACAGCGUUUUGGCCUCUGAUUGUUUGUAUCUUUUUAUAAAUUUUAGAUUGAAUUCUUCUCUUUAAGGUGGCUCACUGAUGCUUUCAACUCUUGUGCAUAUUAAAGACGAGAAUGAGUUGAAAAUCAUUGUGCCUUUUGUUUUUCAUUUCAACUACAGCUAGGUUUUAUCGAAUAGAAACGAGACUGAGUGACUGGAGAAUCUCUAAAUAGGGGACGUGGCUUUAGUAACGCGUAGUCUCCUUGUUGUUGGAGUUUGCCAGUAGAAAUGGUCAAUGCUGCUCUCCGCUGUUGGAGAGUAACUUGCUUCCCUUCUAAUGUCACUCACUGAACAUUGUAUGACACCAUGCAUCCCGACCAUUUACCCCCCCCCCCCUUUCUCUUGGAAAAACCACAAGCCAUCAUUGCCAUUUUUCAGUUGGGGGGGAUUCUGAUAUCUCCUCUUCAUCUUUGACCCUCAGGACAUGAUCUGUGUUUCUGAUCCUAACCAAAAUAAACUUGCUGUUUAGCCGUUGGAUCUUUCGUGCUUUUGUGACUCACACAUAUGGUAGCUGUUUUAAGUUGUAUGGGUGCGAGUUGCUUUCUGCAGGGAUUCAUUUGAUCUAAGUGUUUGUGAGGAAGAUUGAACUCCCUUUGAGCUCAGUUUUUACGUGCUCUGAAUAUAUUUUAAAGAUGAGCAUCGCUUCCUUUAUGUGACUUUAGCAGCCUGACCACCUUGUUAUGACAAAGCAAAUGUAAAGUACUUUCUCCUUUCUUUGGCUUGUCCUUUUUAUAGGUCAGACAUUUCAGCAGCUAAUUGGAUGAUAUUUAUUUGUGGUUCAUGGCUGUCUUUCAAGUAAUUUUUAGACUUUACUCUGCCACCCUAAUGUAGACUAUACCAGACUUUUGGCUCUGCUGUACAUAUUCACAACUGAAAACUAGAUUAGAGGAAUAAAUGCCUCAUUUGUGCUGUGAAUGUUUCCGUUAGCCGAAUCCUUACGUGAGUGUUGAUGAACACACUGGCUCACUCAAUGAUUAACUUGGACAGCAAACACUGAAUCUGGGUUUCCUGUGGAGUACAAAAAGAAGCAAAAUAAGAUAAGAGGCCUCCAAAUGGAACGUUAAUCCUGCUUGACCCAGAUCCAAAUGCACCAAGUUAACCGCGUGGGGAAUUGUUUUUUUGUUUUUUUUAGGGGGGUGAAGUACAAGUAUUUUACAUAACAUGGUGCAUUUUGGAAGAAUAUGUAAUCAAUAACUCUAAAGAGGCACAGCAAAUCUGAGAAUGGAUCAUCUCUUGAGCGAGGAUGCUAACUUCUUUCUUGACCUUUGGAAGAACAGGCGACUAAAAUGUCCACUUAGAUCUGAAGGUUUUGGUUGCAUUACAAAAGCUUCCUUUGCAGAUCCGGGCACUCAGUUGUCUUGAAACUUUAAAAAAAACCUGACAAAAAAGAGGGAGAGACACUCAAAAGUAUAUUUCAAUGAUGAGAAAAUGCAAUCAGAGAAAGAACGACCUUUUAUUAUAGAGAGGUAAGGCAAACUUUAUUUUCAGAAGAUGUUUUUCCUGCUGAUUCUGGUACCUCUGGGUAAAAUCUGAUUUUUAUUUAUGUAGUCUGACAUAAGCAAUGUACAUAACUGAUGUUUAAGACAUUAAAGAAUACAGUACUUUAAA